UAUGUUUGGACUGAACAGUAUGUAAUAUCUUUCUCAUGGACUAUCCGAGGAGAGACUCCAUUAGAGGUCUUUAUGUAAAGGGAGGAAAUGAUAGAGUUAAACAUGAUAUUUUGACAAACAAAACAAUACACACCAUUUUGUGAACAAAUCCUCAAGCAUACUGUGUACUUGAUGCUUGACUGCUGUCAGGUUAUGUCAUACACAGGUCUGUGUUUCCUAAAAUCAGAGGAGAUCUAGUGCAAGUAUUAGAUUAAAAGCAUGUUAACUGAUUUAUUCUUAACUGAUGGUCAGGAAGGUGGCACUGUGGUGCAGAAAGUAGCAUUGGCUCCUCCCAGCUCCACAGUCCAUGGUUCAAUCCUAAAAUCUCCUUUCUGUCUGUUACCCUGUGAUGAACUGGUGCCCUGUCUAAGAAUGGUGGCCAAAGGAAUUGUGAUCGAAGAUGAAUAAAUUAAUAGUCUGUACUAUAUAUGAGCGCUGCUUAGUUUAAUUUCCUAUAAUAAAAGAGUACAUACAUUUAGAACAUUUUGGGCGGACAUACUGUAACAUACUGACUGUCAAUCUGUCAAUCAAUUAUAGCAAGGAGAUUCAUUUCCAGAAUACCUGCUCAUAGCUCUUGCCCUCUUCCCCCUGAUCCUGUCAUGUUUUUUCAUUCCUUCUGCUCCUCCAACAUUUGAUUCCCCAACCCCUCCCACUCUGUGUUAGUAUGUGAAUGUUUCUCUCUCUCUCUCUCUCUCUCUCUCUCUCUCUCUCUCUCAAUCUCCCGCCUUCUCUCUGUCUACUCCACACAGGCACACAUACUGUCAGUGGAAAUCCAGCUGUAGCUCAAAGUAUUCGCGUCCCUUGGAAUGCUCAAGAUAAAUUUGCCCUUUUUUUUUUUUAACCUAUUUCCAUUUCCAUCAUGUUUAUUAUUUCUUUUGAACCUCAUAAUGCUUUGUGAGAUCUGCCAUCAAGACGUCUGAGAAAGUAUGUGAAGUGAUGAAGAAGAGCAGAAGUUCUUCCACAGAGAUGAAGCACCUGCCUAUGACUCAUUUGAAUGUAGGCAUUCAGACUAUGAUUUAUACCAUGAUGACAACACCACUGUAGUCAUCUAGGUUUUUUGUGUCUAGUGUGUGUAAACUUUAAUCCAAUAUUCUGGAGAUAUGUCAAAUGGAGUGACAGGAUUCGCAGCAUACAUGGUCUCUGAGUGCUUAAUGCUUAAAUACUCUCUGCUGGGAGGCAAAAUCUGUGGAAUUUAAACAAGUUGUUAUGUAGACAUGACCACUGUGUCAGUGGAGUCACUGGUGGUAAUGGUUGAUAAAGUGCCAAAUGGAACUGAGACUCCAGUGGUAUCAUCUGCUGAAGAUGUGGCUGCAACCUUCACUAUUGGCACCAUCCUAUCCCUCAUGUGCCUUGUUGGCGUGUCAGGAAACAUCUACACCCUGGUGGUCAUGUGCCAUUCAAUGCGCUCUGCUGCCUCUAUGUAUAUAUACAUUGUCAACUUGGCAAUGGCUGAUCUCCUGUACUUGCUCACUAUUCCCUUUGUGGUGUGCACCCACUUUUUAAAGGGUUGGUACUUUGGUGAUGUGGGAUGCCGGACUCUCAUCAGUAUGGACUUCCUCACCAUGCAUGCAAGCAUUUUCACACUGACUGUAAUGAGUACAGAGCGUUAUUUUGCUGUUCUUAAGCCUUUGGAUACAGUCAAACGUUCUAAGAGCUACCGUAAGGCCAUUGCGAUUCUGGUGUGGACAGCAUCACUGAUUCUAACCCUUCCCAUGAUCAUUGAUGUAGAGCUAAAGACAGAAAAUUCCAAAGCAAUGUGUCAGACCACAUUAAGUCCUCUUUCUUACAAGAUUUAUAUCACAUCUCUUUUUUGCACCAGCAUUGUGGCACCAGGGGUCAUAAUCGGCUACCUCUACAUCUGCCUUGCCCGUGCUUACUGGAUCUCACAGACAGAGAACUUUAAGCAGACUCGGAAGCUGCCAAACCACAAAGUGCUAUAUCUUAUUUUUACAAUUGUGCUUCUCUUUUGGGCCUGCUUCCUUCCCUUCUGGAUCUGGCAGCUACUGGGCCAGUUCAAGCGAGAAAUGGUUCUUUCGACCAAGGCCAGGCGCAACAUCAACUAUCUUACCACCUGCCUGACCUAUAGCAACAGCUGCAUCAAUCCUUUCCUAUACACUCUUCUGACCAAGAACUACAAGGAGUAUCUUCGUAAGAGGCAAAGAACCUGGACGUCUGGGAGCUAUUUCAACAGGAGAAACCGCUUCCAACGGUCCCCUCGUCGCUCCCUGUCAUCCAGCAGCCAGCAGUGUACAGAGAGUUUUAUGCUCACACACACAUCACGUACCAACCACAGCAGUCUGUGAGGGAGAGAGGAAGAGCCAGGAGCAGGACAAGACAACAGGCAUCUCCGUCCUCAAUACGGAGGAAGCAAGGAAAGAAGAAAAGGAGUAAAAAGAGAAACAGAAGUUAAUGCCUAAAACAAUUUUAUCCCCAUUCCAUGCAUUUUGUAGUAAAAACUGAUAAUUAGUCAGGUUUGUCUAUCAAAUUCUGAUUUGGUGUGGAGUUUUAAUAUUUCUUUCUUCAAGUAAUUUAUUUUCACGCUUUACAUCCUUCAAAAUAAAUUUUUGUUCAUUGAUUCAGCAGUGUAUGGCAUAAAAUUAUAUUGCAGCUGACAUGCAGAAGACAGCAAAUGUGCCUAUGAAUUUGACAGCAAGCAAAAUUACAGCCAAGAAAAUUUGUCCAUCAUCUCCACCUCACUUAAAAGCAUCAAAUUGAUUAAAGCUUCUCUGUUUAACUGCAUGAGACAAUUACUGACCCUUUUCAAACUCUUGAGUUAUAUCUAAUAGCUGCAGACUGAUAUGGAGAAGAGUGUACCACUUUCUUCUUCCUUACAUUGCUCUGAGACCCUUGUGAUGAGGGUGACAGGAGUUUGAUGUCUGUCCUGUGAGCUGACCUGAGAUCAUUAUUGUUCUGAUCACACCUUGGCUGAAACUCUUCUGAGAGGGACAUCAAGAUGACUGCUUGCUUUUGUAAAACUUUUUAAAUGGAUGAAUCAGGGUCCAAAUCAAGUCUGUGCAAUGACCGUCAACUACAGAUUACAGACUUGCUAGGAGGAACUAUUUAUUAUUAAUAAUAAUAAUAAAAAAAGUCUCCCUUUCAACAUUUAUAUUUAAACUGUGUUAAAAUACGUGUUCAUACUACAGUUUCUGGUGUUCUGAUGUGUUGAGAUGUAAGUGUAAAAAAAAUAAUAAGCAUGCACUCUUUAAUUCAGUGGAUUUGUCAUAUUUGCAGAAGUCAUGAUUGGUGACAAACUCAUUGUUUACACAAAAGUCAGUGGCUUACCAUUGUCACACAAGAUGUAAAAGAUUCUACUAAGAAAGCUAGAUACAUUGCCCAUUUCCCUUUGAUACAUGGAUCAACCCUAGUAAGGGAGUAAAGAAAUUAAUUCCUCUAAGCCUUACAAGUAUUUCUUGUAUGUAAAAACGGAUAGUUGUCUAUUGAGAAAAGAAGGACUCCUCACUCCAAGAUUAAAUUCUUUCCUUAGCAGGCCUCCAAAAUAUCCAGAACAUAUGGGGAUUGUGUUUAUCAUCUAAAUUCUUGUGAAAACAUACACAUUUUUGCCUAAAGUUCCAUGCCUGCUUUGUGUAUUAGGCUAAAGGAAACGGAUGUGCAAUGUAGAGAUUGUAAAUACUUUCUUUUCAUUACAGCUUUCUUUACACAGGUCACACAUUUAUUUUAUUCGUCUUUUUCUCAUUGUGUCUUUGGAAUGAAAGGGUUUUGUGUUUAUUUAAGAGAAUCAUUGUGGCUAAUGUACAGAAUGGACAUUCAAUAAAAACUUAUUAACUUAUAAUUUAAUCUCUACUGAAAGCUUAACCAUGUGUCUUGCUAUAAUCAUAUACAAACCCACAUGCAUUAUAACUAUAUGGAUUUAAGGUACAAUUACUUAAUUCUAUGCAUUCAGGCUAUCUGCUGAUUCAGAUUUAUAAUGAAAAGUUUACCUAUUAAUUACAUGUUCAGGUUGUAGAUUUUGUAGAUCAUCCAAUUUUAUAGACUAUAUGAACAACAUGUUCUUGGUAUCCAUCAGAUUCACUCAAGGAAUGGUUAUAUUUCAGGUUUGUGUAAAUGCAGCACAAAGCUAUUAUUUUCUUUUCCCAGGUGAAUUUGCCUAAGUGGAAAGCAUGUUUAAUCAAUUAUUGUUUAACUGAACAUUGUCAAGUUGUGAUCUGCAGCUGUGCCGAAAGUCAUAAAUAAAUAUUAUUAAUUUUCUUGUAAAUAAGACAAUUUAAAAAUCCUCCCAUCAACAAUGCAAUUAUGAGGUAAUGAUGUUUAACAGGCUAAAGCAUAUUCCAGGACUCAAUGAUACUAUAUUCUAAUGAUACUAUAUGUUAUGACUGUCCUCUGAGAUGGUUUGAUAAUUUCAGGAAAAUUGAGACAUUUUUACAUCAAGGUGUUUCUAGAAAGCUUAAAUGACUGAAUGAAUAAGUGUAUGUCUUGAGACUUAU